AUGAGGUUCACCAUCGAGGAGAUCAACAACAGGACAGACCUGCUCCCGGGCAUCACUCUGGGCUACCGGAUAUUUGACUACUGCUCCGACAUCGGCAGCCUCCCCUCCGCGGUGGACUUAAUUGCCUGCGGUGAGGGUGACUCAGUGCGUCUCGGGGCCAACCAAUCGUGUCUCCCGAACGUCGUGUCCGUCUCUGGGUCAAUUGGCAGCACAGAGGCCAUCACUGUGUCCCAGGUUAUCCUCUCUAACAUGCUGCCUGUGGUGAACCAUGGCGCUUCCAGCGUGCAACUCAGCCACCGGCAGAAAUUCCCAUCCUUUUUCCGCACCGUUCCCAGCGACAAGUUCCAGGUGCAGGCCAUCAUCCACCUCCUGAAAGAAUUCCGAUGGAACUGGGUGGCGUUCGUGGGCAACAACAAAGACUACACGCUGGAUGCUCUGGAGGUCUUCCACGACGAGAUCGAAUCCGCAGACAUCUGCCUGGCCUACCAAGGGUUCAUCUCCGACACGGACGACGGCGCUGCUAACGACAAGGUGCUGAACAUGAUUCAGCAGCAGAAGAUCGAGGUCGUGGUGGUCGUUGGUCAUGAAGGACCUGUUAAAGCCUUCCUGAAGAAGGCUGUGCAACGGAACGUGCGGAAGAUAUGGAUUGGAAGUGAAGCAUGGUCCACCUCAACCCUGGAUCUGAUAGAAGAGAGCGACAUAGACAGGCUAGGCACUGUGCUAGGAGUGACCUUACAUCAGAAGACCGAGUUCAACCGCAGGCCAGUGGGCUCCUCACCGCCACAGUCCUCUCGUGGAUCUUGUGGUCAGAUAUGUGAGAAGUGUGGAGAGCUCACGGCAAAGGACGUCAACUCGCUGGAGUCAACAUUCAGUUUUAGUACCUACUCAGCAAUGUAUGCAGUGGCGCACGCCCUUCACAAAACCCUGUCUUGCAACCAGACAUCUUGUACAAAGUCAUCUGUUGAACCUUACAUGAUGGUCAAAGCACUGAAGAAUAUCACAUUCACAUUGUACAACCAGAGCAUAGAAUUUGAUGAGAAUGGUGAUCCACCAGCCAUCUAUGAUGUCGUGUUUUGGAACUGGACUUCAAAAACGAUUGACACAGUCGGAUCAUAUAACUCUAUGCUAGAGCCAUCCUUUUCUCUGGACCAGGACCUCAUUCACUGGCACAGUGGUAAAGAUCCUCCCAUAUUGAGGUGUUCUGCUGACUGUAACCCGGGGCAACAGAAAAAACAAACCAGCUUCCACAGCUGCUGUUUUGAUUGUGUCAACUGCACAGCGGGAACCUUCAUCAACCACACCACUAAAAACAAAUGCAUCCGGUGUCAAAAGCACGAGUGGUCGGGCAACGGCAGCACGUCAUGUCAGGAGCGCAGAGAGGUCUACCCGCACUUCGACGAUCCACUCGCCAUCCUCCUCAUCCUCGCCACCGCCGUCACCAUCCUGCUGUGCGGCGGCACGCUGACGCUUUUCGUCCGCCAUUUUGACUCGCCCGUGGUCAAGUCGGCCGGCCGCAAGAUGUCCCUGCUCGUGUUGGGCUUCCUGGUGCUGUCUUGCGUCAGUGUCUUCCUGCUGCUCGGGCAGCCGUCACACGUCAAGUGCAAGCUGUGUGCGCCCAUCUUCCUGGUCUUCUACACCGCCACGCUGGCCUGCCUAGCCGUGCGCUCCUUCCAGAUCGUCUGCGUCUUCAAGAUGGCCGCCAAGCUGCCCAAGGCCUUCGACUUCUGGGUAAAACACGGUGGCCGGUGGGUGAUCGUCGCAAUCUGCUUUGUCGUUCAGGUCGUGCUGAGCACGCUGUGGAUGUGGAUUGAUGGGCCUGUACCAAUAGAGAGGUACACUGAAGAGGAGAUAGUCUUCACUUGCACCUAUGGACAACACGGUCUGCUAUUUGCAAUGUUUACGGUGAUAUCGCUGAUCAGUUUGGUCUGCUUUGCGUUCAGUUACAUGGGGAUGGACCUUCCCAAAAACUACAACGAAGGGAAAGCCAUAACGUUUUGCUUGUUUAUUUUCUACGUGUCCUGGACUUUGUUUCUCACACUGUACUUUAUUGUAUCCCAGAAUGGCAAUUACACUUUGAUCAUGAUGGCGAUGGGCUCGUCCAUGCUCUCCAGCAUCUUUGGCGUCUUGUUGGGCUACUUUGGGCCCAAGUGCUUCAUCAUCAUAUUCAGACCCGAGCGCAAUACAGCCACCUACUUUCAGGCAGCCAUCCAGACGUACAACAUGCAAAUCAGACGAUGAGAAGGACACUAGGUCAAUAUUAGGUAAAAGUAAAAACUUGGUAGACAAGUAUGUACAUGUUUUGCCAGUUGCAGCAUGGACAAUCACUUUACAGUGUACAUUUAUUUU